AGCAAACCGGAGCAUACGUAACGUCAAAACAAAAUGGCGUCGUAAACUCCAUCGUACGACGCUUUAUUUAUUUAUUAUUGUUUUUUAUGUUCGUUUGAAACCAUUUUUGCAAAUACAAUUUGAUGCGAUUCUUCUCCGAGCUGAUUAUAUCAACGUUUGGAUUGGUCGUGCUCGCGUGGACGCUUGCAGACCUCAUCCACAUGUUCGAUAGGCACGCCUACCCACCGACAACGCCAGAAAUUUCAAUUCGCUACAAAAUCGAAAACACACAGCGCGGCCUUCCAAAGAGCACGUGCAAAGACUGUAAACUGCGGCAGACGACAAAUAGCGAGUGGCGGGAAAGCAUUACGAGAAGGCACGGGUCAUUAGAAUCCGAUAUCGAACUUCUGCAAGACGCCAUAGUAGUCAUCGCGGCAAUCGUCAUAGCAACGUCUUGGGUCACGCUGAUCUCUCUUAUUCUACACGCUCGUGUGCAACGUCGACUGAACGCGCAGUUCAACGCCGUGUUUAUGGUCCCAGUUGACGCCCACGAAACGUUCCUCGCGAGCAGACGGAGAGGCUAGACUUCACACGAAAGGCUAGACUUCACCAAGUUUAUGAGGCUGGACUGCACCAUGCUUAUAAAGCUUGAAUCCAAUAGAAUUUGUAUUGUUCGACUCCGCUACGGUAUUAUUGUUAAAACUCCCCCAAGUUUAUAUGACUAAAAUCCCAAAAUUGUAUUUAUAAGACACUACUUAUAUUAAAUUGAAAGAAUUCACAGAUUGUA